CAACGUGUAAAUAAUUUCUUAUAACUCCAUGUAGAAUAUGUAUAGUUGUAAUAAAUGUAAACAAGGACGGUGAAGUGAUAAGAAUAUUAAAGAAUACAGUUAUUAUUAUUAAUUAUAUUACUUUCCAAAUUUAUCUUAAUUAGUUGAGUUUUGUAAUAUGGCGUUAAAACCGACUACAUGCAAGGAAGCUAUUGCCAGAUGGGAAAAAGAGAAAGGAGAGAACGCCGCUGAUGCCAAAGUAAUAGAGUUACAAUUUCAGUGGCCACCGAUAGAAAAAAUGGAUGGAGCCUUGUCAACACUUGUUGCUUGCGAAAAACUAAGUUUGUCUACAAACAUGAUUGAUAAAAUAGCUGGUAUCGCCGGCAUGAGAAGCCUGAAGAUCUUAUCUUUAGGGAGGAACUAUAUCAAAUCUUUGGCUGGAAUAGAAACUGUCGCUGAAACACUUGAAGAACUAUGGAUUAGCUAUAAUCCAAUCGACAAACUGAAAGGCAUUGGAGCCCUGAAAAGCCUACGAGUGCUCUACAUGUCUAACAAUAUGAUAAAAGAGUGGGCCGAAUUUAAUAGAUUACAGGAAUGUCCAGCACUGAAAGAUCUUGUGUUCAUUGGCAACCCUAUUUGUGACAAUCAGCCUGAUGUAGAGACCUGGCGUACCCAAGCUUCUAAUCGUUUGCAACAGAUAACUAAAUUAGACGGUAUACCCAUUGUUCGAGAUACUGAUUAAUAGGCAUAGAUAUUCAUUAUUAAUAAAUUAAUUAAGACAAGAAAUACCAUAU